CAUGGUUUGCCUAUGGAAGCAGUUUUUUGGAUUUUAUCUUUGUUGGGAAUUAGAUUAUGAUCUUGAACACCACUUUGCAUGUGGUAUUUUCGGCUUUAAGCAGGUCUAACAUUUUCUGGUAAAAGUUAAUGGUACUCAAUUGCUUAGCAAAGUGGAAUUAUUAGAUGUUCUAUAAUGGGGAACUAAACCUUAUUCUUCUCUUAAAGUUACUUUUUUCUCUAUGUUUUUUCUCCUGCUUUUAUUUAAGCAAUUCUCUAUUGGGGUUAUUAUGGAUAUUAUUUUCAUGAUGCGAUCAUGGAUGUUACAUCAUGGAGUUUUUAGCUUCUUGCGCUCUCUAGAAACACUUGUUUGAGUAUUAAUUUUUUAUCAUUAGUCAGAGUAUGAUUUUUUGUCUUGUUAAUAAAACAUGUUUUAUGUGGCUUUUUCGAUCAGAUUUUUGCGCAUGUGUAUUGCUUCUUCAAGCAGCUGGUUCUUCCAGUUCCUUCAGAAGCCAAAUUGUUAUAACAGAUCUCAUUGUUCUGGGCAAUGAGUGAUAUCUCAAACGAGAGUGACAUGAAGAUGUUGCCAAGGGAUCAUGUUGGUUCACCAUCAAUAGAUGAAGGUAGCUCAGGAGGAUCAUUGGCAGCUGGAGGAGGAUCAGGCUUGAAGAAGGGACCUUGGACAUCCGCAGAAGAUGCCAUCUUAGUGGAAUAUGUUAAAAAACAUGGUGAAGGAAACUGGAAUGCUGUCCAGAAGCACUCUGGAUUAUCUCGAUGCGGCAAAAGUUGUCGCCUUCGAUGGGCUAAUCAUCUGCGCCCAAACUUAAAAAAAGGAGCCUUUACACCAGAUGAAGAAAAAACAAUCAUUGAACUCCAUGCUAGGAUGGGUAAUAAAUGGGCGCGGAUGGCUGCACAUUUACCUGGUCGUACAGAUAAUGAGAUAAAGAACUACUGGAACACUCGGAUUAAGAGACGCCAGCGUGCCGGUUUACCAGUCUACCCUUCUGAUUUCUCUUUCCCAGCAUCUGAUGAGAAUCAGCAGGGCCCGACUGUUGGAGACUUCAGCAGCAUCAGUAAAAUCCAAAAUGAGUCCCCGCAAGGAAAUUGUUAUAACAUUACUGAUAUCAUAUUUGAUGACUUAAAAGCAUCUUAUACACCACGUUUCCUGCCGGAUAUUUCUCUCAGUAACGUGCUGAGUCAGGGGUUUGGAUCUUUGAGUUAUGGCUUCACCACUCAACCAAUGGACUGUAAACCCUUUCGAGGAAAUGAAACCCUUUUCUCUUUUCCAGCAUCGUUUGAGAACUUCUCAGAUGAUCCUUCUCAAAAGAUUGAUCUGACAUUGGGAACAAGCUAUCCUUAUGAUCCAGACCCUAUCAUUAAAGACGUGGCACCUUAUGAAGGUGCAAUUAAUGGUAGCCAUGCCCUAAUGAAUGGCAACUACUCUACUUCUAAGUCCCUUUCAGGGACUGUGAAGUCGGAGCUCCCUUCACUCCAAUUUACCGAAACUGAUCCAAGUUUCUGGUUUGCUUAUGAUUCCUCGCCUCCGUCUGAGGCAGUUGAUACUUACAUUCAAUCCGCUUCAGCUGUGUCGAUGCAAUCAGAAUGUUCGUCGCCUCGGAACAAUGGACUAUUAGAAGAUGUGCUUCACGAGUCACAUGCAAUGCAUAGUGGAAAGAAAGUGCCAUAUGAAAAGUGCUCGAAUUCUUCUGUAAUGACACCCUGUGAUGUUAUGGAUAGUUCGGCAAAUAACUUCUGUGAGGACACUGCCUUUGAGCACUGUGACCCCAUUUCCCCUUUGAGUUGUUCUGCUGCAUCAGUAUUCAAUGAGUACACACCUCCAAUCAGUAGCAGUUCCUUGGAUGAGCUACCUCCUCCUAGAGGACCUUCUGGUUCGGACAUCAUAUUGCCAAGUGCUGAGGAUGUUUCAACCCCAAACCCACUUGGUGGUAAGAUUAAGCCAAAACCAGAGUUUUUAAGGCCUGAUGCUAUACUUGGCUCUGCUUGGCUUUUGGAGAGCUCUCAAAUGGCAAAAGAUCACACCGACAUGAACAAUGCCAUAGCAACACUUCUUGGUGAUGAAUGCUGCAGCGAGCACAAGCCUUUGACAACGGAAACAUCAGUGAGUUUCACUGGAGCCCUGGGGCUGGACUCUUAUCCAUGGAAUAAUAUGCCUCGUGUUUGUCAAAUUUCUGAACAUCCUUGAGAUUUCUUUCGGGGAAAAAGAACUUAUUGUUCGAGAUUUUCACCUCAUUGGUCGUUGAUGCCAGUGAGUAUGAGAUUGUUGUUUGAGGUUAUGCAUUGUUGUCUCAAUAACUAUGCCGACUUGAUCAGGGAAAACUAUUUUAUGAGUUAGCUAUUUUGUAGAACUCAUUUGAUUUGCUUAUUGAUAAAAGACUAAUUCGCCAUGAAAAUGUGGCGUUGCUGUAUUGGUUAUCGGCAUAUUGUUAUUGUUGUUGCUGUUAUUUGUAGGGGUUUGAUUAGCCUAAGUAUGUAUACAGUCCCAUCGAGGAGCUAUAGGUAGGAGCUACAUAAUUUGGGUGAAAA